GUGAGGUUAAUCCUUGAAGGUGUGUUAAACUUAUCACAAAUAACAUAAUUAAACUUUCUUCGUGGUCUAUCAACCAAGCUUAUGGUCAAAUAGGAUGAGUUAAAUGAAUGUCAUAAAAUAAUUUCUCGCACAUCAACAUGGCUGUCAAUGUUCCAGGUCUGAUUGCAGUGAUUUUGUUCUAUAUUCUGAUUCUCGGCAUAGGAUUAUGGGCUGCAAGGAGAAAACGAAAUUCUUAUAAUGAGGAUUUGAUGUUAGCUGGGAGAGAUAUAGGUGUUUUUGUGGGCGUGUUUACAAUGACUGCAACAUGGGUAGGAGGUGGUUUUAUAAAUGGAACAUCAGAAGCUAUAUAUUCCUGGGGUUUUGUGUGGUGUCAGGCUCCAUUUGGCUAUGCCGCCAGUCUUUGGUUUGGUGGAUAUUUCUUUGCCAAACGUAUGAGAUCACAGGGAUAUGUUACAAUGUUGGAUCCCAUACAACAAAAAUAUGGCGACAGGAUGGGAGGACUACUGUAUCUCCCUUCACUAAUGGGAGAACUCUUUUGGUCAGCUGCCAUUCUGGGUGCUCUAGGAUCAACAUUGUCAGUUAUUAUAUCCCUGAACUACGACAUAGCAGUCAUAAUAUCCGCAUGUAUUGCUGUAUUUUACACAUUGUUUGGUGGACUAUAUUCUGUAGCUUAUACAGAUGUUGUGCAGCUCUUAUGCAUAUUCUUUGGUCUUUGGUUGUCUAUACCUUUUGCCAUGACACACGAUGCUGUGAGGGAUAUAUCAGUGAAUUACACAACAGUCUGGAUAAAGGAUCUAGACCCAGCAUACUCUGGGCAGUAUAUUGAUGGGUUUCUACUUCUGAUAUUCGGGGGAAUCGGUUGGCAGGUAUAUUUUCAAAGAGUUUUAUCAGCACGGACGACGAGGAUAGCAGAGAAUUUAUCGUACUUUGCUGGCUUCGGUUGUCUGUUUCUUACUAUCCCGCCAUUACUGAUAGGAGCUAUUGCUGCACAAACAAACUGGAGUGAAACUGGAUAUAAUACAUCAGAAUUCUCACUACCUCAAGGCGAUGAACGAAUGGUAUUACCAUUGGUUUUACAGUAUUUAUGCCCGAGCGCUGUGUCCUUCUUUGGUCUGGGAGCUGUAGCCGCGGCAGUUAUGUCGUCUGCUGAUUCUUCUGUUUUGUCUGCAAGUGGGAUGUUUUCAAGAAACAUUUAUGGAGCAAUAUUCAGACAACAUGCUUCCGAACGUGAACUGACAUGGGUGUUAAGAAUUGCAAUUUUUGGAGUUGGUGUCGUCGCUACAGUGAUAGCAAUAACUGUUGGUUCAAUAUAUGAAUUGUGGUUCUUGUGCUCAGAUUUUGUGUAUGUCAUGUUAUAUCCACAACUUACAUGUGUUGUGUAUUUCACUGGUACAAACACAUACGGAUCUCUAGCCGGAUUUAUUAUUGGACUCUUCUUUCGGCUAGCAGGGGGCGAUAAUCUUUUAAACUUCAAACCUUUGAUCAGAUAUCCAUGGUAUCUUGAAGACUCCAACACGCAACUUUUCCCAUACAAAACAUUUUCAAUGCUCCUUACAUUUGUAUCUAUAUUUACAGUAUCUUAUUCAGCAAAUUUUCUUUUCAAAAGAGGCAUUUUACGUAAGCAAUAUGAUGUAUUUAGGUGCAUUGUUAACUUACCAGAGAAGAAGCCUAGUAAAAUCUUUCAUCCGGCACAAGAAUUGAAUGUAGAAAUGUCAAGUAAAGAGACUGUCACAACGUUUUCAGAGAGUACAUAUGAUGUUCCGCCACCUUAUACGGAAGCUUCUUCAAAUCGAGAGACUCUUCAAACGAAACUUUGAUAGUAAAAUCUUAUUGAAGUGCAAAUAGUUUAUUUGCAUACGAAGUUUUGGAUGUAACAGCUGAAGUAGAAAUACCUAUAACAAUGCACAUAUGUAAAAAAUAAAAAGAGAUACAUGUAUUUAACUAAAAACGUCUUUGAAUUGGUAAACAAUACGUUCAAGGUAAGAAGCUAUAAUUAUUAUAUACUAAUUGUGGUUAUAUUGAUUGAUGUACUUAUAUUCAUUUACCAGAAAAAGGGGAGGAUUUUUGGCACUAUGUUGUGUUCAUGCAUUCGACGGUUCCAGUUCUUUAUUGUUGAAAGAUAAUUUAAAUUAAAUUUGCAUCAAAUGUACAUAACAAUUAUACUUCCGGAAACACACUGAUUAUCUUCUGAUUGGUAUACAGUGCAUGUUUGUUAUGUCAAUGUUUAUAUCUAUUUCAGCGAUGCUCCUUUUGUACUGCAUUGGUUUUAUACUAAAUAAAAUUAGUUAGUUAGUUA